AUGGCAUCUUCAUCCAACAAUCCUUUCAAUGAGGAGAAUGAUGAAAGUUUAGAUGAUGCAUUUGAUGAUCUUUUUGAUCAAAAAUUUGACACCGCGUUCUACUCUUUACUUGAGCGUCAAGUCGAUCAAAAGAAGAAGAAGAAGAGGGCAUACAUUGAAAGACAUCACGAACAAGGUCAUCACCAAUUAUGGGAAGAUUACUUCAGCGAAAAUCCUACAUAUCCUUCCAAUUUAUUUCGCCGCCGUUUUAGGAUGAACAAGACAUUGUUCAUGCAUAUUGUAGAACGGCUAUCCAAUGAAGUCCCAUUUUUCCAACAAAGGAGAGAUGCUGCUGGAAGACUAAGUCUUUCUGGGUUACAAAAAUGUACGGCGGCAAUUCGGAUGUUGGCAUACGGUACUGCGGCUGACGCAGUUGACGAGUAUCUACGUCUCGGUGAAAGUACUGCAAUUUCAUGUUUAGAACAUUUCACCCAAGGAAUAAUAUCUUUGUUCGGGGAUGAAUACUUAAGAAGACCCACAAGGCAAGAUCUUCAACGUCUACUUCGUGAAGGAGAGGAACGUGGAUUUCCCGGGAUGAUUGGUAGCAUUGAUUGUAUGCAUUGGGAGUGGAAAAAUUGCCCGACCGCUUGGAAAACCGACGGUAUUUAUCCCAAAUGGGCAACAUUUAUCCAAUCUAUUUCCGGUCCCCAAAGUGAAAAAGACACUUUAUUUGCUACAUGCCAAGAAUCAACACGAAAAGAUGUCGAAAGAGCGUUCGGAGUUUUGCAAGCCAGGGUCGCCAUUGUUAAAAACCCAGCUCUUAUAUGGGAUAAAGCAAAAAUUGGGAAGAUUAUGAGAGCAUGUAUCAUAUUACACAAUAUGAUAGUGGAAGAUGAAAGACCGGUCAACUCUCAAUAUAAUUUUUCUGAAUUUCAACAAGGAGAAGGAAGCAGAACUUCAGAAGUCGAUAUGACAUGGUUUGACGAGAAUUCAUUUACGGGUCCAAUACCGGAUUUCUCUCGGUCCCCAAACCUGGAGAUAAUGUAA